UGAUGCUUGUUUGCGUUCAGUGAGAAGCAGCAGAUACAAAGUGGAGCAGAAACAAAGGAAACGCGCAGUCGGUCGGCUUCAACUGGCAUGGUCUCACAGUGUUCCAGGAAUGCCCAAGGAAAAAUAUGAUCCGCCAGAUCCACGGCGGAUGUACACUAUAAUGUCGAGCGAGGAGGCAGCUAACGGGAAGAAGUCAUACUGGGCCGAACUGGAGAUCAGUGGCAAAGUGAGGAGUCUGAGUACAGCGUUGUGGUCUCUUACCCAUCUGACUGCUUUGCACAUCAGUGACAACUCCCUCUCACGCAUCCCUCCGGACAUUGCCAAACUACACAACCUGGUGUACUUGGACCUCUCGUCCAACAAGAUCAGGAGCUUGCCCGCCGAGCUAGGCAACAUGGUAUCUCUCAGGGAACUGCUUUUAAAUAACAACCAGUUGCGAGUCCUGCCUUUUGAGCUUGGAAAAUUGUUUCAGUUACAAACCUUGGGUUUAAAAGGAAACCCACUUGCACAAGACAUCAUGAACCUCUACCAGGAACCCGAUGGGACGCGCCGGCUCCUGAACUACCUGCUGGACAAUCUUGCAGGCACCAAGCGCAUCUCAACAGAACAGCCCCCUCCUCGCUCAUGGGUACAUCUUAAGGAGCCUGACAGGACACGACCAGCAGCAUUGUUCUCCGUGAUGUGCUACAAUGUACUGUGCGAUAAGUACGCCACACGCCAGCUCUACGGCUACUGCCCUUCCUGGGCUCUCAACUGGGAGUACAGGAAAAAGUCCAUCAUGCAGGAGAUCCUGAGCUGCAGUGCGGAUAUCAUCAGUCUACAGGAAGUCGAGACGGAGCAGUAUUACAACUUUUUCCUGGUGGAGCUCAAGGAGCAUGGCUACGAAGGUUUCUUCAGCCCCAAGUCUCGUGCCAGGACCAUGUCCGAAUCUGACCGGAAACACGUGGACGGCUGUGCCAUCUUUUAUAAGUCAGAAAAGUUCAGCCUUGUGCAGAAACACACGGUGGAAUUUAACCAGCUGGCCAUGGCAAACUCGGAGGGCUCUGAAGUCAUGUUGAACAGGGUGAUGACCAAGGACAACAUCGGGGUCGCUGUGCUCCUGGAGCUGCGCAAAGAGACGAUUGAGCAAGCUGCAGGGAAGCACUUGCCCAAUAUGGAGAAGCAGCUACUGUUGAUGGCUAACGCUCACAUGCACUGGGACCCAGAGUACUCGGAUGUAAAACUUGUCCAGACCAUGAUGUUCCUCUCGGAAGUGAAGAACAUCGUGGACAAGGCUACACGUAGCCUCAAGCUUUCCUCUGUCUCCGGGGAGACCAACGCCAUCCCUCUUGUCCUGUGUGCUGACCUUAACUCUCUGCCGGACUCGGGUGUUGUGGAGUACCUGAGCACAGGUGGUGUGGACGGCACCCAUAAAGACUUCAAGGACCUGCGCUAUAUCGACUGCCUAACCAACUUUAACUGUAAUGGAAAGAAUGGCACCUCCAGUAGCAGGAUCACGCACGGCUUUAAGCUGAAGAGUGCCUACGAGAACGGCCUGAUGCCUUACACCAACUACACCUUCGACUUCAAGGGUGUGAUUGACUACAUCUUCUACUCUCAGCCUCUGCUGAAUGUGCUGGGCGUGCUCGGCCCACUGGACCCUCACUGGCUCCACGAGAACAAUAUCGCUGGUUGUCCGCACCCCCACAUCCCCUCCGAUCACUUUUCCCUGUUUGCACAACUCGAGCUGCUCCUGCCGUACUCGUCUUUGGUCAACGGUCUCCACGUGCCUGGCUGCAGGUAGUUCUCAGAGCUCCAACGCAGCUCCCGGCCCCCACCUCGCACCUGACCGUCUGCAGGGAGAGAGCGAUCGAGCGCAAGGGAUGAAAAAGAGCAACGCCUGUUGUGUACUCAGAUCAGUAGGAGGAGAUUGGGGUAUGGCUAAACUUUUAUUACAGAUGGAUUUUAACUGACGCAGACGCUUGUCAGUCUUCUCUUUACCCCCCCGAUUCUUUUCUUUCUUUGUUUUGUUGUUUUUUCAGUUCUUUCUCUUGGCACAACGUUAUCUACUUUUUCACACUGUAUCCUAGAUGGUUCUUAGUAUACCUUGUAUAUUUUACCUGAAGACCACGCUCAAUGCUUAUAUAUUAAAAAAAAAAUAUGGCAAUACCUUUUCAGACACAAGCAGGGAAUCCAGACCAAGCAAGUUCAUCCGAUUUUUCUAUUUUGGUCCAUGCCGCCUAUUAUUAUCAUUAUUAUUAUUAUUAUUAUUAUUAUUAUUAUUAUUAUUAUUUUUUAAGGCCAGUUCAGAGCGAGCAGCUAAAUUUACUAAGAAUCGUCGAUCACACCAGCUUUAGAGCGACGAUUAUUGAGUCCAGUCUGUCGUAACUGCCCUUGUUAGCUAAAGGGCUUUUAAAGAAAAGAAAAAAAAAAUAACAAAAAAAACAACCCAUGUGCCGAGAACGAGAGCAGGUCACUCUCUCUCACUCCAUGGUGCUGAGGCAUCUUCUGGUGCAGCAGCUGAGCGGUGUACUCAAUUCACCAGCCUCAGAGAUUCCACACGCACACACACCCGCCGGACUGCGUUCAUCUUGGUGCAAUCGCUUUAGCAAAGUGCUACGUGACGCCCGCCACGCCCAGCGUUUUUAAUCCUGUUUCGAAUAAUGCGGCGUUUUGAUAGCGGUAUCUGAGAGAUUAGCACGCAGUUGUUUAGGCGCGUCCAGACGCAGCUAAGCCCAGACACCCUCACCCGGACCGGCACAUCGCCUUUAUCUAACCGCAGACCGUUCCUUUUAAUUCCACGUGAUUGUAUCGAUGCCGCAAAUCUUUUUAAGUGUACAUACAACCUGAUUCAGAUUUGAACACUUUUGAACGAUUGUAUUGUAAAAUAAAAAAAAGAGAAAUUUCGGUGUAUUGAAAAUGUAAAAUGACCAGUAUGUUGGCUAUACAAGAGCUGCUUUUUUUUUUUUUGUUUGUUUGUUUUCCCCGCUGUAUACAAUUGCACUUUUUUUUUUUUUUUUUUUUUUUUUUUGUUUUUCCUCUGUGCAAAAUCGUGCCUCACUGCUCCUUUCCUGUAAGUGCACUGCCACUUCUCUCUGACACCUGGACAGCCUCGAACAUUUCCCAUACUACUUUUUUUUUUUUUUUUUUUAUUAAUUCACACAUAGCACCAUAGUCUUUCACUGAUUGGCUCUUUUUGUAUGUUUACCAGCCCCUCCCCAUCCUCUCCUUCACACUUAUUGUGCAAUGUCUGUAGAUUAAACCCCAUUCACAAUUUACUGCCACUUCCUCGUGCUCAACUCAGGAUAAUUUUUGACUAUUUUUGAGUUCCUUUAGCUUGGGUCUGGUUUGAUCUCGAACUUCUCUCAUCAGCGCUAAAACCACAGCUCUCUGCUCUCUCAACGUGUGUUGUGCCAUUUGAUGCUGCAAAGCCAAGUGUAAAGCUCUUCAGCUACUACUGUAUAAAAAAUAACACAAGGAACACGGCAGCGUCCGCUCUGGGCCACAUUGCGUGGUCCGCUCUCGCCGUCGGUUUCGGUUGAACCACCAACCCGGUAUUUCACGUCACUGAAAUGUGCUCACAAGGCCAAUUUUUUUUUGGAUACACGUUGUUAACUUCCUCCUUGAGUUUGUCAUGUUUUAAAAAACAGAAUGGAUUGACAAGCACUUAUUGUGUGUCACUAGUGCAGCUACCCAUUUUCCCCCCUUUUUUUCGUUUUAACUACUAAAGGAUACUUUUGCCCUCAAGGCAGAAGUCAGUUUUAAUGACUUUUUACUGAGCAGUGGUUUAAGGCAUUACAGGUCGGACCACCCGUCUCACUGCCAGUGUCUGUUUUAAUUUCCUCUUUCUCGAUCUCCUUCACUUUCUUCCUCUGUUUUUUUUUUCGUCUUUUUUUUAAUCAAAAGCAACGUUGUCUGGUUGUUCUAUUGGAUUGCUGAUGGUGUUGUAGCUGAUAUUAUAUUUUUUUCCCUUCCUUUUGUAAAGUGUGAAUAAAUUAUGUAUCGUGUAUCCUUUCUUUGACAUGAACUGUUGUAUGUAUCAUGAUUAUCUAUUCGUGUUUUUUUUUUUUCGCAUACGUUCGCUUUUUUUUCUGUUGUAAAACUCGAAACCAAAUUUUUUUUUUUUUUGUAAAAAAUGUUGGCACACUGAAUUCUAGAUUUGUACGGUUCACAAUACUUUUAAGGAGAAAAACAUUUACUUCACUGAAAUCGAGAAGAAAAGUCACAGAAAUAAAGAGCUGUCAUUUUUGUCACCAAA